UAGUGGACACCUCCCUUAAGUUACCUAUGUUUAUUGUUUACAUACAUUUGCAUAUGUUUACAUGUAUGUUUAUGUGUGACAGACUGACAGUUUUUACAUAAUUCAUAACAAUUCAUAACAUUGACAGUUCAUGAUUCCUAAUUUAUCCAAGUUUAAAGAUACUUUUCAAGUAUUAAAAAUAAAAUACCGAGAGAAUAUUUGACAAGUGGACUUUCAGUGGACUUUAGAUUGUCAUGGCAGCUAUCGAACAUAUUAUAAAAAACUAGGUUGACAAAUUUUUACCGGAAAGAAUUGUAUAAUAGAAGGAAAAAUGAGCGAUGAAAAGGUGGAAAACCCUGAGUUGCCAGCGGUGGUAGGAGCACUUUUAGACAUUUUAGAUGAUAAAAAUGAUCAGGUAAAAAAAUCCGUAAAAGAUGCACUGAAAAAAAUAUCCAGUGAAAAUCCUCAAGUAGUAAUACAUGCAUCAGUUUAUUACUGGGAAUUACAUAAAAAAAUGAAUUCAACUCAUGUAUCUGCUGUGCUGAAAAUAAUGAUGGAAACAUGUAGAGAUAAAUUAGUAAAACUUGAUGAUGAUUUAGCAGCAUCAGUGGCUGAGCUCGCAGUCACAGCAUUAACACAAGAUUAUGAAGAUGAAGCAACACAGUUACUCAUUGCAUUGAGUCGAAUUCAUUGCACCCAGGCUAUGGGUAGUAUUUUGAGUAAAUUUGAACCAGAAGUUGUUCCAGCAUGUUCAAUAAUUAAAGCAAUGGGUAUGGUUGCUUCGUGUAAUCCAUUUGGCAUGGUUCCAUUUAUAAAAUUAACACUGAGUGUUAUGCUUCCGAUGCUGUCUCAAGCACAUGAUGAUUUGCAAAAGCAAGCUUUUUGUUUUGUUUUUGGUAAAUUUGCUGAGGCAAUAAAUGAUUAUAUAAUGAAUUUGGAUGAAGCACCUGAUCCUGGUAUUGGAAAAGAUACAUUUGUAGAAGAAAUGACAAAAAUAUUUGAUGUACUUACUAAUCAUUGGUUAAAAACAAACAAAAACAUUAAAUUAACUGAGAGUAUUCUGCUAGCGUUGUGUCCAAUUAUGCCACUUUUAUCUGAAGAAAAUGCAACAUCUAGAACUGCUAAAUUAACACCGACUUUAUUGGGUCUUUUUAGAUAUCCAAAUAUUCGUUUAGCUGCAACAAGAGUACUUGCAAUGUUUUUAAAUUGCACGAACGAAGAAACAAGAGAAAUUGUAAGACCAUUUCUAGAGUCAAUACAACACAGUCUUUUUGAUUUAAUAAUUGUUACACCAUUUGAAGCAUUGCGUGAUGCUUUAUUAACACACUAUGAAGUUCUUCAAUGUUUUCGUGCAAUCGUUGUACUUUAUCCUGAAGAAGGCCUCGAUAGACUACUUCAAUAUCUUAAAGUACCAACUGGAACACAACGAGCAAGAGCUCUAGUUGUUCUUCGACAUUUAAUUAAUACACUUCCACCUGAGGAUGAUGCUUCAUUACAAAAAAUAGCUCUGAGUCUACAAAAUAGUUUAAGUGAAGGAAGCACUAGACAGUUAGUCGGUGUAAUUGUUGCUCUAGCUGCACAUCCAACUCUUCCUCUAUUACCAUCACAACGGGCUGCAUUUAUACAAUUUAUGGUACUCAAAUGUGCUGUACCAAAUUGUCCGAAUGAAGAAUCACAGGCAUAUGAAGAAGCAUUAUUUUUACUAGCAACAACUGUUGAUGGAGCUGAAAAUUGGCUUUGGCCAUCAUUAAUAAAAUCAUUGUUAGAUCAAACUUAUACAGAAUCAGCAGUUCCAGUUUUGCGAUCACUAUCUGUUUUGGCUGUAAAAAUUAUACGAGCUGACAAUUUUGGAUAUUCAUGUAAAGAUUUUUCUGGAACAAAAGUUUUAGCAAGAUGUCUUGAACUAAUGAAUUAUGAAAAAAAUCGUUUCAGUGUUAUUAUAUUUUUGAGAUCAGCUGCUCCACUUUUAGGUCAUCAGUUAAAACCAGAAUGGGAUGCUCGACUUCUUGAAAUAUCAAAAAAAUUUGAAACUGAAAAUAAUGAAAAUUCAUCGUCAUCAUCAAAUUGGCAAGAGCUGAUGAUUGAGUUUUUGGAAAAAAGUGUUGAACUUGAAGGAGAUGAUUGGGCAGGAAAAUUAGCUAUAGAGUUAGCAAGUGAUCCAAUGAGUCCUGGUGUUGCUCCUUAUUUAGCAGCUGUAACUAACGAUCGACAACAUCUUAGCAGUCUCAUUUACAUGUUAAAAUGUCAUCCAUUUAAUAAUGAAUACCCCCAAGCUAUUGGAAUUGCAGCAAAACGUUAUUUCAUAGAAAUAAUUGAACUUAUGGAAGCUGCUUGUGUUAUUGAAGAUCAAAGAAAAAAUCCCACAAGAUUAUUGGGACUUGUUAGAGAUUCAAAAGCAGCUGCAAGUGCUGAAGCAACAAAAGCAAGUCUUUUAAAAUGUUACGCUGAAAUUUGUCGUAGAAGUGAAGCAAGCCAAUUAUUUCCACAUCUUGAAAAUCAUAUUUUACCAUGGAUUGUCAAACAAUUAAAUGAAUGCAAAGAAACAACAACAAAAGAAGCUGGUUUAAUUGCCCUUGAACAAGUUGGUGAAGCAGUACAUUCAAAUCGUUUUCCAAAUUCAAGUGGUUUGUCAGGAAGACCAACGAGUCUUGCAACAUUACUUAAUCUUUUACAAUCUCACACUGGCUAUCGACCACUUCAACUUUAUCCAGCUAUACUCACAACAAUAAUAUCUCUAUUACGAAUUCCACCAGCAUUAAAUUCUGAUGAAAGACAUGCUGUACUUUCAACUGUACUUGAUAAAGUCAUUGGAGCAAGUCCCGAGGUUGAUUUAAUACUACCAGUUGAACAAAUGCAACGAGUUGUUAGUGGUCUUGCAACUGUAUGUAGUGAAAUUGUUAGUGAUUCAGCUGAUGGCCUAGCAGAUUUAAUUGAAAUACUUAUGCCUUGGAUGCAAUCGAAAUCAUCAAUUGAAAGAAAUACAACACUACGGGUUCUUCGUGCAAGUCUUGGAUCAUACAAUGAUUCUUUAAAAUAUACAUAUCCUGAUGGAAAACUUGAGCCUGGAAAAUUACUUGGAAGAAUACUUUCUUGGUCAGCUGAUCAAGAAUGCACACUAAGACCAAUUGUUAUUGAGUGUGUUGCAUUGACACUGGGUAUUGGAUCUCGUCAUCGAUCAACGCUACCUGAUAAUAAUUUAACUCAAGAUUUGAGUGAAUCAAAAAAAGCCAUUAUGAGUACAGAUAUUAAUGUUCUUUAUAAUGGAAUUAAAAUGCUUUCUUCAGCUGCUUGUGAACGUAUUUCAUCUGGUGAAAUUGUAAGUCUUGCAGUUGGCCUUAUUGAAGGACUUUUAUUUCGUGGUGAAAAUGGUCUUGCUGCAGGAAUUGGACUAACUCAAGUAUUUCGUUUACGAGGAGCUGAUAUUCCACGAUCAGAUCUUUAUCUUGUUGAUAAUAUUAUUGGACAAAUGAGACAAAUGGAAAAUUCAAGUUGUCGACGAACAGCUGCUGGGGCUAUUAAAAUUUUAACAAUUCAUCAUCCAGAUGAAGUUAUAGAACAUUUAUUACAUCAACCAUUACCAUUAGAUCGUGGUACUGAGGAAUGCUGGAAAGAACUUGGUUCAGAGGAAGAAUUUGGCAUCAAAACACUUGACUUUUUGAUUAAUCGAUUGGAAAAUAAUAACAUUUUUUCAGAAAAUUCAUUAAAUCAAGGAUCAAACAAUACUACUAUUUCUACUGCAUCAUUUCCAUCAUUAUCAGCAAUUGUUUCUCUUCGUCAUUUACUACAAUCAUCAACAUGUGAAGUACUUAUUGAAAAACGUUUAGCUGAAUUACUUGCAAUACUUUUAAAGUAUAUGUCUGGUUGGUUACAUGUUGAUGCUCCAGUAUCAGUAAUUAGCACUAAAUUUGGUUUUGUUCCAAAUCGAGAAGCAUGCAAACUCUCACCAAGAAGAGAAGUAUACUCUGUCUUGACAAAUGUAUUAACUGUUGUUAAUAUUAAUGUUGCAUCAAGUCUAUUAAAUGAUACAUUUUCUGAUAAUGAUAAACAAGCUGAUGAAAAUUUAGUAUCAACAGUUCGUUCUGUUAUACGAUGUUUAGGAAAUAAAAAUGAUAUACUUGAAAAUAUUGCUCAUAAUUUAAGUAAACUUGUGACAAGUACAAUACCAGCACAAAGAGCCGUAUCCGUGGCUUUUUACGCUGAACUUAUUGGACGAGUUGAUUGUGGAUCAAUUUGGCUUGACGCAAUUAUAAAUACAAUGCAUGACGCAAAAACUGAUUCAUCGCCAUUAGUCAGAAAAUUAGCAACAAUUGGAUUAACGAGAAUUGCUUAUUUAAAACCAAAUCAAAUAUUAGAAUAUUUUGAUAAUUGUAUGAGAGCAUUGCUAGAUGGUUUAGAAGAGCCAGCUAAUGAUGAUGGAGGUAGUAACGUUAUUCUUGAAUCAAUCAAAGGUCUUAGUAUAUUACUGUCAAUAAAAACUGAACGACCAGUUAGUCCAAGAGUUGUUUUGGCAUUAAAACCAUUUGUCGAAAAACAAAAUUGGGAAAUUUGUCUUGCAGCAAUAAGUGCACUUGGUGCAAUAUGCAAAGGAUGGUUAAAAUCUGUUAAAUCACCAGAUGAUGAUGUUACAGAUCAUUUGCUUGGUUGUCUUCCUUGUUUAAUAAUAAAACUAGAAGAUCCAAAUUCUUUGAUUGCCAAAGCUGCACGUGAAACUCUCUAUGAUUCAGCAAAUCUUCUUCAAUCAGAACCACUUGCUCAUCUUAUUCGUACUCAACUUAUUGUUGCUAAUGAUUUAAAUAUUGAAUUAUUUUAUCGUGAAAUUAUUAAUUGUCUCAAACAAGAAUUACCACAGAGAGCUGAUGAAUUGAGAAAUGCUGUUGUUAAUGGUUACUCAAGAUCUGAAUUAUUUUCAACAAGAGCAACAUCAGUUCUUAUUUUGGGAUUAUUUGGUCAACCUCGACCUCAGGAUGUACCAAGAAUGCUUCAGUUACUACGAGAUAAUGAACCAUUUGUCAAAUCACGAGCAGCUAAAGCGCUGGCACUUGGUUUUACACAUUAGACUGCAUUAGACUCACGACACUCCGCUUAAUAUAUUAUCUACAAUUUCAAAGCUUAUUAAUAAAAUUAUUUAUUUGCAAUAUUAAGUUAACCAAAGUAUCAAGAUCGAGAUAUCGAGAAAAAAAAAUAAUUUGUGAUAUUUUAAAAAAAUAAUACACGCAGUUAUUAUAUGUAUACAAAAUGAAAAUUGGUUUUAUGUAAAUUUUUGGCAAUUUACUAAUGUUGUUUAUUAAAAUAUAUAUAUUCUCAUAUA